AAAGAAUUAUGUUUGAACUUUUUGAAUAAGGGCAAACAAACUCUUGUCGUGAUUGUUAGUGAAAAAUGGGAGGAACCCGUAAAAGGGGUUGGUAAAUUUUAAAAAUCAUUGGGAUGGCAAGAAUAUAAUCCAACACAUAGAAUUAAUGUAAAAUUGAUAUAAAAUAAAUAAAAACCUUAAAUUGCAAGAGAGAACUUGUGGUUUAAAAGCGAGCAUUAAUCAUUGUGAACAAAAUUUGCUAAAGUUUGUCUAAUUAUUAUGGUAUUUCUAAAAGUAAAAGCUAAUUAUAAAAUAAAACUAAAAAUGCCCAUGUAGUGUUUAACAUGGAUGUGUAUUUGGCAUGACUACUAUUUAGAAAUGUUUGCGUGUCUUAGUAUUAGAUGUAAGCUUACUAUAGAUGCAUAAAUUUCAAAAUGCUAGGUUGUAAUUGCAGAAGGUUGCAAGUACUAUGAACAGGAUAUCAGCUUUAAGCUGAAAUCUGAGUAAAGAUUUUGUGUGUGAAGACAUUGUUGCCAUUUUUAACAAGUCAUCAAUGUUGAGUAUUCUGUUGCAUUACACCCAAGUUGGUUCUUAAAUCACUAGCCUGUUCAUGGUGGAAUAUAUUUACUCUUAUUUUUUAGUGGAAGAAGAUAUAAGUUAUGAAAUAUUUUUCAUGUUGUUAAGCAUAAAAUGAAAGAAAGACUUAAUCCUCACCCUUUCUGGAUGCAAGCCUUCACGUUACUGGUGCAAGUACUUGAUUAGCGGGGAAUUGAGUUGAUAUUAGAUGGGGUAUUUCUUGAGUUAUUAGGGAAAGUAGGAUUAUGUCCUAUGAAGCAUGGAUUCUGACACAAAUAUUGGACACUCUGACAUGGUUAACAUGUUAAAUAUAGGACUCCAGGACAACACACACAUAUAUAAUUUCAAAAGAAUAUUACAAGAUGUUAUUUUUCAAUGUAAGCACUUGGUCUAUUUACAAAAAUAUCUCAAAACAAGAUAAAAUUAAAUCAUAUUCUCCUUCUCAAAUAAAUAUACUAAGUUCUAUAUUUUUUUUCUAUGAUAACUAGCCUUACAAAAAAGAAAUAGAAGAUUUUUAAAUAUUUUACAUUAAAAUUUAAACUAAGUUUUUAAAAAAAAAGUUAAAAUAAAGAAUUUUAUAAUUGUAAUUGUGUAUGGACAUCUAUACUCAAGUAUCGGCUCAAGUGUCCGAGUUGUAUAGAAGUGUAGGUCAGGCGUCCAAGCUGAUAAAAGAUAAUUUUUUAAUUAGAUAACUAAUAAAGAGUGUCUAACACAUCUGAACAAGUGUCAGUGUCGAAAACAUGUCUAACACUGCAACAUAGAUUGUGUCAAUUGUCGCUUCUCUUCUAAGUCUAUAAGCAUUUUGCUAAUUUUGUUUGUUAUAUGCUUAGCACAGGACUGAAAUCAUAAUCAUAGCAUGAUUUUCUUUAGCAUUCAGUUCAGUGGUAGAGCUAAGCAGAAUGAUUUCUUUUAAGUCUUUUCUCACAUGUGUGAUGUUAUGGCCUGAUUGUUCCGUAUAUAUAAUAUGAUACACCAACUUAUCAAUUUCCUUUUUGCAGAGGAGCUUCCUGAAAACUGGAAUUGUGCACCGGAUAUACAGUCUCUGCGCUCUCUUGAUCGUUCUUUUCUUUUUCCUGGUAACAGAUUGUUUCAUUUUUUGAAUAUGUUAAUCUCAGUUUUGACAAAUGUAAUUUGGUCAGCUGGCUUCCACAAAAGUUAAGCAGACCUAAUUUAUACCUGUAAUUCAGGUGAACAAGUUCAUAUCUUGGCAUGCUUGUCUGCAUGUGAGCAGGAUACCCAGAGUAUUUCUCCAUUCAAAGUUGCUGCAGUGACGAGUAAGAAUGACAUAGGUCACAGUCUUGAGAAAGAAAUUGAAAACACUGAAAACAGAAAUAAUUCAGUGUCUGGAGAAGGGGAACUGGGUACCAGUGGGGAAGUGCAGCUGGAGGAUGUUUCUGAUGGUGAAUCCCUUCUUCAAAUGGAGAUUCUUGAAAAGAAAACAGCAUUAUUGUUGCAAAAAUUUGAAAAUUCUCACUUCUUUGUGAGGAUUUCUGAGUCUGAUGAGUCCCUUUGGUCCAAAAGAAACUCUUCAGAAAAAAAUUCAACCUCUUUUGAUGCAAAUAAUGGAAAGGCCUCAACCAUAAAAUUUAAGGAGACUGCAUUGUCUUCAAUUAGUGCAGUAAUUGAUAGAGGAAAUUUUGAUGCAACUUUUUCUGGGGGAGUGGUGAGAAAUUCUGUCAAGUGUUGUGCUUUACCUAAUGGAGACAUAGUGGUAUGUGCCAUAAAACUCAUAAAAUAUGAUAGUGCAUUUAAUUGAUCUAAAAUUGGUAAGGAGAGACAAGGAUGUUUUGCCUGUUUUGAUCUUAAAGUUCUGCUGUCAGAUAAAGUACUUUUGUCCAUUAAAUUUGGGACCAAUCCAUAUAAGGUCUGUGCUUCUUCCCCUUUGAUUGACUAGAUUUCCCCAUUAUUUCAACACAUGCACGCAAGUAGCUUGACCUAUGCUUUUUUUUAUAACAUACUAUCAUUUUUCCUUUCAAGAUAGGAAAUCUAUGUUGAAUUUGUGAUAUAUAAGGAAAAAAACAAAUAAAUUGUAUUACUGGUAGCUGGGUGGUAGGGAGGGUGCUAUGAUUAUGGAGCUCUUAUGUAGUUAGCAUUUUUGUGAAUGGCUCAAAUUCAUCAAUUAUAAUUUCAACACUUACCUAAAUUUUUUUAUCUAUUUUGGCCUAGUUAGUUUGUUUAAUGCAGUUAUGACAUCACCUGUGGUUGUAAUUCAUGCUGUUCUGUUCCUAAUUAAAAUCAUGUCAAAGGUUCAAUUUCUGUUAGUGAUCCUUCAUUUGUAGGUCAUAUGUUAUUAGUCUGUAAGCACUCACCAAGUUAUGUGGCAUUUAUUGAAGAACCACAUUCUUGUGGCUUGCAUCAUGUUUUGGGAACCAAAUUUAUCUUAUGGAAGAGCCAGUCCACGUGUUAGAGUCAAACACCACCUCUUUUUGUACAUUAUUCACGAUUCUUAAUUUAUUAGGUAAAUUGACCUCGUUUUUGGGUGAAAGUUAAAGAUGAUAUAAUUCUAGUUGGGAGCAUUAGAGAGAAAAUAAUAUGAAGUUAAAGAUAUUGAGACAAGCUUUGGAAGCUCAUGGCUUUCUCUUAAGUAGAAGUAAAAUAAUGUAUAUGAAACGUAAGUUGUGCAACAAUCCUAGUUAGAGGUAAAACUUGGAGAAAAUACUUCACCUCAAAUCACACAGUUUUUAAGGCCCAUCAUAUCAUAUAGAACAACGAAGAAAUAAGGGGAGAUGUGAACUAUAGCAUUCAAGUAGGAAGGAUCAAAUGAAGGAGGGCUUGGGGUGUUAUAUUAUAUGUUACAAAAAAGUAAUACUCAAGCUCAGAGGAAAAUUUUACCACAUAAUAUGACAUUGUAUGGAAUUGAAUGUUGGACAGUUAAAAACAAACAAGACUACAAAAGAAUAAAUUCAAUGUAGAAGAGAUUAGAAUAUUGUGUUGGAUGAUUAUAAAUCAGAUAUAAAAGGAUUAGGAAUAAAUACAUUAGAGAAAAAGUUGGGGUAGUAUGCGACACUGCAAUUCAAGUUACUUGUUCAUCUUGUUAGUGUUAGUGAAACAUGGAGAUUUGGGAAUCUUACAGAAAAAGAUGCAAAGUUUUAGUUCAUCUGGAUGAGAUUGUGCAACGAGUUUAUUGCAUGCUCUGCUUUGAUUAACUUAUUUUUUAUGUUGCUCAGUUUAUUGAUUGAAUUUAGUUUUAGGAUGCAGGUUCUUUUACAGGUGAAUGUUGGUGUUAAUUGUCUUAGAGAUCCUUGUAUAGAAAUUCUCCAAUUUGGGAAGUGCCAAGAGAGAGUGCCAUUUCCUAACAACAAGGUGGAUGCAGUUUAUACAAAUCAGGAUCCAUGUGCAGAACUGUUAAAUUGGAUAAUUCCAUUGGAUAAUGGGAAGCCUCCUAAUCGCCCGCUAUCUCCUCCUCAUUUAACUUCAAAUUCAGGAAUUGGCAGCACCUCUCAGAGAUCUAAUUCUGCAUCAUCUAGCUCUCAGUUAUUCUCCUUUGGCAAUUUCAGAAGUUACUCCAUGUCAUCAAUACCUCAAAAUAAAAUCACUCCGGCUGCUCCUGUUAAAGCAGCUAGUUCUAAGCCAAAUUUUGACCUUGAGGAUUGGGAUCAAAUCUCAUCUCAGAAAAUUUUAUGGAAAAAAACUUCAUUGGAAGGACUUCUAUCAUUUCGAGGUGUCUCGUUGGAGCAGGAUAGAUUUUCUGUUUGCUGUGGAUUAGAAGGCAUUUAUAGACCAGGACGAAGGUGGAGAAGGAAACUUGAAAUAAUACAACCUGUAGACAUUCAUUCUUUUGUUGCUGACUUCAAUUCAAAGGAUAUUCUUUGUGUUCAGAUAAAGAAUGUUGCUCCUGCACAUGCUCCAGAUAUUGUCUUAUUUAUAGAUGCCAUAACUAUUGUUUUCGAGGAGUCAACAAAAAAUGGAACACUAUCAUCAUUACCAAUUUCAUGUAUUGAAGCUGGAAGUGAUCAUUCUUUACCAAAUCUAGCCCUCAGGAGAGGUGAAGAACAUUCUUUUAUUCUUAAACCAACAACUUCUACGUGGAAGGGUCUCAAGGUUGAGGAUGAUAAAAGCUCCCAAUUGUCAAAGUUGCAGUUACGAAAUCAAAAAUCAAAAAUAAGUCUUGACAAAAGGAAGACUGCUUUAAUUAAUGAUCAGUAUUCAAUUAUGGUGUCAUGUCGAUGCAAUUAUACAGGAUCAAGGUUGUUCUUUAAGCAACCAACUAGUUGGCGACCACAUUGCUCAAGGGACAUUAAGAUCUCCGUUGCAUCAGAAAAGUUAGAACAGUCUCUGGGAGCUUAUGGAAAAGCUUACCAACUUCCUGUGCAGAUGUUAACUCUUCAAGCUUCAAAUUUGACAUCUGAAGAGCUAACUUUGACAGUGCUUGCUCCAGCCUCAUUUACUACACCCCCUUCAGUAGUUUCCCUGAAUUCACCAACGACUCCAUUGAGUCCUUUUAUUGGUUUCUCUGAGUUUUUAGGAAGAGUUAAUGGUGAAAGAGGUGCUGGUGCCACCCAGGGACAAAGUUUCACUUCUAUUGUAAAAGAUAAUGAGAAACAAAGUUAUGAUGGCAAAGCUCAAGCAGUUUCCAUGAGCGAUGAUGUUAUUCCUAGUUCUGGUCUUAGUUGUACACAUCUAUGGCUGCAGAGUAGAGUUCCACUAGGAUGCAUUCCACCUCAAUCCAUUGCCACUGUCAAGCUUGAAUUACUUCCAUUGACCGAUGGGUUAAUUGUGCUGGACUCUUUGCAAAUUGAUGUCAAGGAAAAAGGUGUUACCUAUAUUCCUGAGUGCGCACUAAAGAUAAGUGCAACUUCCACUAUUUCCUAGUAGAUUGUUUAGAAUGCACGUAUAGCCGGUUGCAUUUUUCUCGAGUGGGGUAGAAACAAAAAUAGAUGAUUUGCAUACCUAAAUUUGAGUUUCUCUUACAACUAACUCUUACUGGCACAAAACGGAUGAUUUGUUUUCCUGGACUUUGGAACUGAUCUUGAGACUGGUGGUCAAUAGCACAAAAUUUAUCUUCUGUUUGUCAGUUUAGAAUUGUGAUGAAGUUGGCAUGUCAAUUUGUAUUAAAUAUAGUUUCACUUUUGCACUGUAAUUUGUAAAUCACGAGCUUAAAUAGAUGCUUGUUACAUACUCCUUUAAUGGAAGAAUGUAAUCUUUAUAGAUUU